AUGGAUGAGGAAUACGAUGCCAUCGUUCUCGGAACCGGACUCAAGGAGUGCAUCAUCUCGGGAAUGCUGUCCGUCUCGGGAAAGAAGGUCCUGCACAUCGACCGAAACAACUACUACGGUGGCGAGUCGGCGUCGUUGACCCCGUUGGAGCAACUGUACGAGAAGUUCCACGGACCAUCGGCCAAGCCUCAACCGGAGAUGGGCCGCGGUCGUGACUGGAACGUCGACCUGAUUCCAAAGUUCUUGAUGGCCAACGGACCACUCGUCAAGUUGCUCAUCCAUACCGGUGUUACCCGUUACUUGGAGUUCAAGUCAAUCGAAGCGUCGUUUGUGGUGAAGGGAGGAAAGAUCUACAAGGUGCCAGCCGAUGAGAUGGAAGCUCUCGCCACCUCUCUGAUGGGAAUGUUCGAGAAGCGUCGCUUCAAGAAGUUCCUCGUCUGGGUUCAACAAUUCGAUGAGAACAACGAGGCCACGUGGCAAGGACUUGAUCCACACAACCAAACAAUGCAACAGGUGUACGAGAAGUUUGGACUGGAUGAGAAUACCGCUGACUUCACUGGACACGCCUUGGCUCUCUACAGGGAUGAUGAGCAUAAGAAUCAGCCAUUCGCUCCGGCUGUUGAGAAGAUUCGCUUGUAUUCGGACUCGCUGGCUCGCUAUGGAAAGAGUCCAUACUUGUAUCCACUCUAUGGACUUGGAGAGCUUCCACAGGGAUUCGCAAGAUUGUCUGCCAUCUAUGGAGGAACUUAUAUGCUUGAUAAGCCUGUGGAUGAGAUUGUUAUCGAGAAUGGAAAGGCGAUUGGUGUCAAGUGUGGUGAGGAGAUUGUCCGCGGAAAGCAGAUCUAUUGCGAUCCGUCGUACGCCAAGGAUCGGGUUAAGAAGACAGGACAGGUGGUUCGCGCGAUCUGUCUGUUGAAUCAUCCGAUUCCGAAUACCAACGACGCUCAGUCGUGCCAGAUUAUCAUUCCACAGAAGCAAGUUGGACGUCAUUAUGACAUCUACAUCUCAUGCUGCUCGAACACCAACAUGGUCACCCCGAAGGGAUGGUACUUGGCAAUGGUCUCCACCACUGUGGAAACCGCCAAUCCAGAGGCCGAAGUGCUUCCAGGCCUUCAACUCCUCGGCCCAAUCGCCGAGAAGUUCAUUCAGAUUUCCGACGUAUAUGAGCCCACCGACCUCGGAGCCGACUCCCAAAUCUUCAUCUCUCGCUCCUACGACGCUACCACUCACUUUGAGACCACUUGCAAGGACGUCCUCGACAUGUUCCAACGCGGCACCACCAAGGAAUUCGACUUCACCAACAUCACCCACUUGUCGCUGAACGACCAGGAAUGA